AUAUGUCCAGACCUUAACAACGAACCUCAUGGCUUUGUAGUAAACACGUGCAAAACAAGACAAAAACAGUAACAAGUAAAUGAAAGUACUGCCUAUGCUGCUCGUUAGUUAUUUUUUUAAAUACGUCUUCCUUUUUUAUAAACAGUUCGUCCGACGAAAUCGUGCUUCCUGCUUUAUCUGAUGCAUCUGCUAUGAUAGAUAGGUUAAUGAAUUUGGAUCAAAAUUAUCGAGCAUGUUAUGUAGAUAUGGUUACAGAAUCAGAAGUUGUGUUACAUUUAAUAUGUUGUGGAGAAGAAAAUACAAUACCAGUUUUACAGUGUCUGAUCUAAGGCAACAAUUUAUCCAAAGUAUUUACAGAUCAAGAAAGUUUGGUACAUCUGAAAUAUAUCAUUGUAAGAAGGCAAACUUAUCUGUACCGAUUGGUCAGUUAGAACAAAAACUUCAGUUGGUGUAUACUUGCUCGGUUUGUGAAACUCGUUCUACCAAAAUUAUCAGUAAACAAGCCUAUGAAAAUGGUGUUGUUAUUGUAAAGUGUGAUGGCUGCCAAAAUCUACAUCUAAUUGCUGAUAAUCUUAAAUGGUUUUAUGAUAAUAAAAGAAACAUUGAAGAUAUAUUGAAUGAAAAAGGAGAGACGAUAACAAAAGUGACUUCUGCGGAUGAUUUUCAAUUCAUUCCAAAUACAAAAGAUUCACAGAGUGAUAGCUCCGGACCUUGACUUGACAUAUAUAUACAGCAAAUCCGGCAUUAUUCUUUCGUCAACUUGUUACUCGUACUAAAUCUAUUAAAAUGCACUGAUUAUCACUCUUAGAAGUAGCUAUUAACAUUUGCUAGGAAGGUAACAAAGAUUAUACAAACAAAUCUUUGAGUUGUUAAGUAUUUUCGCUAGUUUCAAGCAUCUCGAUUUAUUAACCCGAGUUAUUAAGCAUGCCGAAUUAUGGAAGUAUUUCGAGUUGUUAAUUAUUUUGACUUUUCAAGCAUUUUGAGUUAUUAACCCUAACGAGUCAUCAAACAUGUAGAGUUAUCAAGUAUUCGAGUUAGCAAGUAUGUCGAGUUAUCAAGUAUUUCGAGUUAUCAAGUAUUACGUUACCUGAUGGAUCCGAGAAAUAUUAUGUUAAAAAAUUAUGCAAUGUAGUCAAAUGGUCCAAAAAUUUUGAAAAAUGAGUAACAAGCAUGAAAUUUGGUACAGUGAUUUUUGAAGUAAUAUUAAACUAUUUAAGACUCAGACACAUUUAAAAGUCCCUGCUGGGGGUAUUUUACAGAGGAGUUAAAAAUAUUUAAAAUUCAAGUAAGACAAACAGAUUUCAAAUAAACGUCUUACAAGUUAUCAAUGAAUUAAAGUAUGUUUCUUUUAAGGUGCCUAUAUGAACAACAAAAAUAAUAAAUUUCUCUUAGGCUUUGCAUGUUUAGCAUAUGCUUUAAAAAUAACCAAAUUUUAGCCUACCGAUGCUUAUAAAUGUCAUGCUUAUAAAAGCCUGCCGAUGCUUAUAAAUGUCAUGCUUAUAAAAAAACAUUAUGUAAGAGUGAAGCUAAGGUAUGGCCAUGCUGACUUUGUGCUCAUUGGUUGAUUGUAAUUCGGGUUUUUUUAUGAGGUGAAUUUACUUUGACAUUUGUUUGCUUGUAAGCUUUUGUCUGAGAGAAAUGAAUGGGUGAAUUAAAAAGAACGCUUCAUUAAAGUGUUUUUCAAUAAGUAAAUAUUUUGUUAUGUGUGUAGAGUUCCUUUCGUAUAGGGUUUAUGCGGGAAAACUUAUCGUAAACAAACAAAGCAACCAAGAAACAAAUUUUUAUUAGAAUGCGUGUAUAUAUAAAUUUAAAAUUUAUUGUAUAACUGGCCAAUGUUGUAUUUACAAAUAAAGUUUUAAUUAUUUGAAAUAUAUAUUGCUUUUGAUGUGUCCGGAAAAUUGCCCUUCAGUUAACCCCCCCC